AAACCAAAAGUAGAUCUAUUACAGUCAUGCCCGGGUUUACUUUAGAAGAACCUUUUCGUCUUGCUCGUUUCCACAAUACAGUAGGCGUCAAUGACAGUAAACAUUUUGUGGUUGGACUCAACUCGUUAGAAUCGACUUUAAAUAACGACACUGUCAGCGACGAUGCCGACUUUGUAGCCAUCACUGUUCAGGGUGAAGGUUUCAAAAUUUACAAUACCACAGACCAAAAGUGUAUAAAGUCUUGGACUACACCUCCAGGCGUUGCAUUUGUUGGACCAGCUACACACAUUGACGGUGGUAGAGAUUUGGAUGCCGUUGAUUAUACUUAUGCCAUUGUUGCUUCUGGACCCGACGUCACUAAAUCAGAGGAACGUAAAUCGAUUUGGUUAUGGAAAAACACCAAGAAUGCUGAUAAUGAAGAGAUGGCCAAAACUAAAAAACUUUUUGACGAACAAAUCAGCUCUAUUCACGUAUCACCAUCAUUGCAUUCUCAUGUUAUUAUUGUCAGCGAAAGUGGAUCGAUUGAAUUAGCCACCAAAGAUUUAGAUCGUAUUACAGCCAAGCAAAAGAGCCAUAAGAACGGUGCGGUUAUUUGGUCCACCGUUUUUGUAACUUCCAACGCACAUACACGUCCCUGUUGUAUUCCUACCUCCAUGGUUCCUUCCAUGUCCACCAUCGUUGUUACCAUCAGCAACGUGACUGGUUCAGAUACUUACAGCAUUAAACUCAACUAUAUCAAUGUCGAACGUAGAAGUAUCGAUGUCCUUGCCACCAUUGACGUCAAAUUAGCCGAAAAGCCCGUUGCAUUUACUUUGGAUCCCACCGAUGGUAGAUUAACGGUUUUAGGUGCUGCUGGAGCAUGGACUGUCUGGCGUAUGCAAUUGAAGCAUAGUUCCUCUAAGAAAGUCACCGGUACUUUGACCGAGAACUUGUCUAUUCAAUUGAACAAUUACCGAUUCCAGGAUGAUGUUUUGGGAAAUAUUGCUGCCGUGACACCUUUAUCCGAUAGUUAUGUUGCCAUGAUUGCACCUCGUAUCACCAAGAAGUCUGAAGUCGAGCACAUCAUUAGUGUUUGGGAUGUCAAGUAUGGUACACUUCAAGCUGAACAAAUUAUCAAGAUGUCCGAAAAAAACGUCUUCAACAAGGAUAACUGUGUGUACAACAUUGCUGUUUUACCCAACUCCCAUCUUGCCGUUACUGUCUCUUCCAUCACUGCCAAGACGGCUACAAAGAAUAUCAAGUCUGCCAAAAAGAUGGCCGAAACUAAUUCAGUCGUCAUUCUCUGUCCUUAUUAUAGCGAGCCUGUCUCUCUUAUGGCAGCUAUGGGUAAAAUGAAAUCUACCGUUGAAUUCAUGGGUAUCAAUAACGAUUUUGGAUCUGAGGAAAAUGUCGGUUUCUCUCGCAGUGGUAAGGAAGCUGUGUGUCGUGAUUUGGCACUCCAUCACGAAGAGGCAUCGGAAGAAGUGUUUGAUAAAUGGAUUUCAAAAAUGGAAAGAAGUCAAAAAGCAGAGACGGACAAUUUAGAAAUAUUAAUGAAGGAUGAUAUUACAGAAGAGGAAUUCACGCAAGCCUUUUUCGACCAUGUUAAUGUCAAGUCAGUUGAUGUAGAUGUUGAAAUGAAGGGAGAUGUGUCUGAGGACCCUGUCGCUAUCAAGACCGAAGAAUACCGUCAUACCAUGAGUAAAUGGAUGCUUCUCAAGAAAUCCAAAAACGCCCAUGAAUUAUCACAAUACCAUAUCGCAUAUGUGGUGAAUAAAUGUUUCAGUAAAGCCGAUUUCUGGCCCGUGGAAGUCAUUCUUUUCUUAAUGACAAGGUCUUUGCUCCGUAGCAACUAUGCUGAGAAGGGUAUCAUUGGCUCAAUUUUAGAAAGAAAGGAAUGGGCUUUAUUACCCAUUGUCUUGGAAAAGGUAAAUGAUAUCCCUGAAAAGGAUUUGGUCACUUUGAUCAAGACUUUGGUGGCUUUACAUGACGACGAUGAAUGGAAGGAUGGUAGAUUCAGCACUUACUUGAAACUCGUCGUGGAUGCUCCCAAAAAUGACAUCUUUUUACAACAAUAUCUCAAGCGUAUCAGUGCAUCUGAAUUACCCGUCAUUCUCAAUACCAUUGUUAACUGGUUGAAGGAUAAAUCAUCCAACUUGAACAACCGUACCAACAUUGUCGAUUUUGGAAACAGCAUUUUAGAUAUUCACUUCCCUACAAUUAUUUUGGAACCCAAACUUCAAGAUAUUUCAUAUACAUUACGUGAGCUUAUUGCUAGUGAAAUCGAAGUGAUUGACGAUCUCGAACAGUUAAAGAAUAUCUUGGGUGCCUAUGAUCGUAAACAUAAGCAUGCUCGUGCUAAGCGUAGUAUGGAGAAACAAUCCAAGGUAGCCGCUGACGCACCUGUUGAUGAAUUAACUAAAUUCAGAAAGAAGAACGUUGGUAAAUUCGGUGGUGAACAAGGUAUACCCGUCUACAGAGUCGAGGUAUUCAGAUUCUAAUGAGAGCCUCCAAAAAGAAAUAAAAAAUUGUACAAAAAUAAAAUUAAAACAUAUAAAAAAAAAAACCUUCAUUUCCACCACCACCACUUUCCCUUUUUUUUUUUUCUCCCCUCACGCAUUAUUAAUAAAACUUAUAGAAUAUGUAUACACAUAAAUCUCCUUUCUGUCUUUUGACGUUACAUCAUUUUUAUCGCGUUCAGUGAAAUGUCUUCCAUCCCUUUAGUUGUAAGUCAAGCCAGAAAGGGUUUCAGUAUUCAGAGAUGUCAGGUAGUGUCUCAAAAUAAGCUCAAAGUCAUUCAAGGGUUUAACCUUCUUAUAAAACUACUAAUCACUUGUACAUCUAGAACGUGGAUUUAAGAGGUAUCCAAAAUGAUUCUUU